GGGAAUAUAUCGGUUUGCAUUCGCUAGCUGUGCUUGUUACAUGAGAGAGAGGAAGAGAGCGAGAGAUCGAGCGAGGGAGAGAGAUAGCAAGGGGGCGAGCGGAGGCACCACAGCACCGGCGGUGGCGUCAAUGCAUUUGUGUCUUCGAAUCGCCAGUUUUAAGCUGCCGACACACAGCGCGACGUUUCCGAUUGAGAUUUCACGUCGGGGAACUCUAGGAGGCUUUUUAUACCAAGCGACUGGACCCAGACGUUUCUCUUUCGGCCGCAUCUGAAAGACAAGCCCUCUGUCAAUAUCGUAUUUUAACUCUAUUUCUUGAAUUUUAAUGGGAAGAUGGCGAUCUACGCUCAAUUCUGCAGCAUCUUCUGCUUCGUCUCUGUUCAAACUAUCCUUAUUUUUAGCAUAUCCUCGCCAGGAACACAGAGUCUCAGUUUCCCUCAACAGUACACGAUGAUGCACUGGGCUGGACGUAUAGAAAAAGAAAUUGAUAAGGUCCUCCUGCAUGUCAGUGGAGCGCAGCAGAUGAAAGAAAUAUACAAUGAGAAGAGAACCCAGUUUGAGAUUAAGAAGAUUUCUCCCAAAGAGCUGGUAGAGAAGGUGGCUUCUGACAUCCAGAAGCUCUUAGCACGUAAACGGAAGGCACUAGAGAGACUGGCCAGGGAGGCGGAGCAGCUGCAGAAGGAGCAUUCUUGGCAGGAUGGCAUCAGGGAGAAAGACAUCGAGUACUAUGAUUCCAAGGCGGAGUCAGACAUCAUCCAUAUCGAGGAUGGAGAGAGUGAGAACCUUCUGGACAACCCAUACUCCUUAAAGUUGGAGUUUGAGGAUGAUGAUAAGUUCAACAACCGGGUCAACUAUUCCUACACAGCUGUCCAGAUACCCACAGACAUCUACAAGGGUUCCCCUGUCAUCCUGAAUGAGCUGAACUGGACACAGGCGCUGGAGAAAGUCUUCAUAGAAAACAGCAAGGAGGACCCCUCUCUGCGGUGGCAGGUGUUUGGCAGUGCCACGGGUGUGACCAGAUACUACCCAGCCACACCAUGGAGAGCCCCAAAUAAGAUUGAUCUGUACGAUGUCCGCAGACGCCCAUGGUACAUCCAAGGCGCAUCAUCGCCUAAAGACAUGGUCAUCAUCGUCGACGUGAGUGGCAGCGUCAGCGGACUUACUCUCAAACUGAUGAAGACGUCAGUGAUGGAGAUGCUGGACACUUUAUCGGACGAUGACUACGUGAACGUGGCCAGGUUCAAUGAGAAAGCUGAGGCGGUGGUGCCCUGCUUCAGGAACUUGGUCCAGGCCAACAUUCGCAACAAAAAGAUCUUCAAGGAGGCCGUUCAGCACAUGUCAGCCAAAGGCACCACCGACUACAAAUCUGGCUUCCACUUCGCCUUCCAGCAGCUGCUCAAUGACAGCAACCUCCCUCGAGCCAACUGCAACAAGAUGAUCAUGAUGUUCACGGAUGGUGGAGAGGACAGAGCACAGGACAUCUUCGAGAAGUACAACUGGCCAAACAAGACAGUACGGGUGUUUACAUUCUCCGUGGGCCAGCAUAACUAUGAUGUCACCCCCCUGCAGUGGAUUGCUUGCGCCAACAAAGGCUACUACUUUGAGAUCCCAUCCAUCGGUGCCAUCAGGAUUAACACACAGGAAUACCUUGAUGUUCUGGGUCGUCCAAUGGUGCUGGCAGGGAACCGGGCCAAGCAGGUGCAGUGGACCAACGUCUACCAGGAUGCCUUGGGCCUUGGCUUGGUCAUCACCGGUACUAUGCCCGUCUUCAACCUCACGGCGGAUGGAACGUCUCAGAACCAGCUUAUCCUCGGCGUGAUGGGAGUGGACAUUGCGCUCAACGAGAUCAAGAGCCUGACGCCAAGAUACAAACUGGGGGCUAAUGGCUACACCUUUGCCAUUGAUCCGAAUGGCUACGUGCUUCUGCAUCCGAACUUGCAGCCCAAGAUCAUUAAUUUCAGAGAGCCCGUCACUCUGGACUUCCUGGAUGCAGAACUGGAGGACAGCAAUAAGGAAGAAAUCCGGCGGAAAAUGAUUGAUGGCAAACCAGGACAGAAAAGAAUCAAAACGCUCAUUAAGUCGGUUGAUGAGAGGUACCUUGAUGAAGCAAUGCGCUCAUAUACCUGGACUCCCGUCAACGGUACAGACUACAGUCUGGGUUUGGUACUGCCCAUCUACAGUGAAUACCACAUACAAGCCAAUCUGAGCGACCAGAUACUUCAGGUUCAGUUGCAAUACUACUAUACCAAGGAUUUUGAGUCUCUGCUGCCAAACAGUUUUGAGUCCGAGGGACAUGUAUUCAUUGCUCCCAGGGAAUAUUGCAAGGAUUUGAAGCUUUCUGGCAACAAUACUGAGUUCCUGCUGAACUUCAUUGCCCUCAUGGAGAAAGUCACCCCUGACUCCAAGCAGUGUGAUAAAUUCCUCCUGCACAAUCUCAUCCUCGACACUGGCAUAAUCCGACAGCUGGUGGACAAGGUUUGGAAGACCAAGGAUCUCAAUACCUAUGGCUUCCUGGCAUUGUUUGCUGCCACAGACGGAGGGAUCACAAGGGUCUUCCCCAACAAGGCCUCUGAAACGUGGGAAGAGGACCCAGAGCCCUUUAAUGCUAGCUACUAUCGCCGCAGCUUGGACAAUCGGGGCUAUAUCUUCAGAGCUCCUUACAGGACCUCUAGCGACGAUUUUUUUAAUCCCGAGAAUGACACCAUUGGCAUCCUGGUCAGCACUGCGGUGGAGUUCAGCAUAAGCGGAAGGACGAUAAAACCAGCAGUGGUGGGUGUGAAACUGGACCUAGAGGCCUGGGUGGACAAGUUCAAGAUCCUGGCCAGCAAUCAGUCAGACAGUCGGCAGGUAUCACACAAGUGCGGGCCCUCCAGCAGCUGCGAAAUGGACUGUGAAGUCAACAGCGACGAUUUGCUGUGCUACCUGAUCGACGAUGGCGGCUUCCUGAUCAUGUCAAACCAAAAAGAUCAUUGGAACAAGGUCGGCAUGUUUUUCAGCGAGGUGGACCCCUAUCUGAUGCACGCCCUCUACAAUGCCUCCUUCUACACCCGCAGGCAGUCCUAUAACUACCAGUCGAUUUGUGAGACCCUGCCCAGCAGUAACACGGGCGCUGGGCCCAGAGGAGUGUUCGUGCCGACUAUCGUGGACUUCGUAAACCUAGCCUGGUGGACGUCGGCAGCUGCCUGGUCCCUGUUUCAGCAGGUGCUCUAUGGACUUGCGUACAACAGCUGGUUCAUCACUGAUGAUGUGGAGGCAGAAGGUUUUGACUCCAGGGAGAGCAGCUGCAUCACGAUACAGACGCAGUACUAUUUCACAAACAUCAGCAGCUCCUACAACGUGCUGCAGGACUGCGUAAACUGCUCCAGGCUCUUCCAUGCUAAGAGGAUAAAUAACACCAACCUGCUGUUUGUGGUGGCGGAGAUGCCCUGUGCCUCCUGUGACAUAGACAAAUUGACACAUGUGGAGACAGAGUUCAAGAAGAUUGAUCCAUGUGAGGAAAUUAGCACAGCACGAUACCGGAAAGGACCUUCGACCUGCUUUGACUAUAACAUUGCGGAAAACACUUCAGACUGCGGGCGGGGUCACUCUUUCCAGCCAUCAUUAGGAGUCAUCAUCUGUCUUCAGUUGCUUCUCUUUUGCCUGACAGCCUUCCCACAUCUCCCAUCCAUACCCCUAUCUUCCACCCUUUAACUUCAUCAGCCUCCUUUUCCAUUUCCUCCCUCCCCAUCUUACCCCUUCUUUCAUCUUUACUUCUCUUAUUUUUCACCUUUGGUUCACCCCUUCUGAUCCCUGCCAACGGUCCAAUCUCCCUCCACUUAUCACUGAUGAUGGGACUUCCAGUCACCCUCUUAUGGAAGCCCUGAGUACUGUUUCCCAUCAUGCCUAGCGGCCUAGCGUCAUGGGCAGUUGCUUGGCAAUGGUUGCUGGGCUGUGUUUUGUGCAACCAGUCACUUUCAUCCAAGGCAGGAGCUCUGUAUUCUGUCAAAAGAAAGAAGAAACUAAACCAUGACUAAAAGAAACACCAUCAAAAGACGCAUUUUUGCAAAAAGAAAAAAAAAACAGGUGGAUGCCCUCUUCAGUAACUCCUGCCAACAUAGAAAAAGAAAAAUUCCUCAACUGUUCAGGCUGGAGGAGGGGGCAACAGCAAGCAUAAAUCCUCUUCAUUACUCAUGGACCCUCCAGAGAUUUACUGGACCCUGUCCCUUGCAUUUAAGAUAGGUCUUUGUACUAUUCCGAAUAUAGCAACUGGAAAAGAAAAGCAUUUAAAACACAAUAACAACAUGGAGAAAUAAGUAUACAAAACACUUCCAUUUGUUAUGGUUUUAAAGGGAUGCCAUCGGAAAGGGAAGCUAUUAGAUUAUACUAGAUAACUAAAAACACCCAUUUAUUUAUGCACUAUAUCUACUUCUUGCCAAAAUGAGAUAUACUUUUCUUGUGGUCUUAUUUUUUAUAGCCAAAAUAGCAAGAGGAAACAGGUAAAAAAUACACUAAGAUUAAAUAAAUAGAGUAAUUAAAAUACAAUAGCUCACAUAUCCGUAGACACUAAUUGUCUCCAAAAUAUGAUAUCACCAGUAUGGCUCGUCUGUAGUCCUACCCUACAUGUUUGCAGGGGGCAUCCUGUGCAGUGCAGAUCUUGGUGUCUUUCAGAUGCGACAACCAAGUCAUCUCCAGCUUAGCCGAGUCCCUAGGAUUGCUUUCAUAUUGGCUGGUUUAAAGAAUACAUUCAGCCACGAAAUACCACGUUAUCAUGCUUUGUUUUUUAGACCUAAACUAUUUAUUUUAACGUAAGGGAGAACUUCAGCUUGCGGUCAGGCUGAUAAGCCAAGCCAGUAGGUAAUAGUGAUGGCAAUGUAAUUUGAAGAUGUCCAAUAAAUAUCCAUUGUCCUGGAAUUUAAAUGCUGUGGCAUUAGAUUCGGGGAGGGGGGUACUUUUUAAAAACUGACCUGCUAUUAAUCACAUUAGUCAUAGUUCACUCAUCCUUUGUUCCAAUCAGUCGUGCCAGAGUGCAAGCAUCUUGUUGUGUAACCAUGGUUGUAGAGUAACCUUUCGUACUUUCGCGGCCCAUUGUGUGAGAGGCCGAGCAAUUUGUGACCCUUUCCCAGUCCACUCAGCAUACGGUCUGGACUGUAAAUAAACCCAGGGCACAAACGUCUGAAACAGAAGGACUGCUGACUGGACACUCGUUUUUCAUCUUUGUGUACUCCGUGGCCUUCAGAAAGUGCAGUCUCACUCACGUGUGUUCAUGGGAAUGUGGAUGUCAUGAAUGCCCAAACCAUGACAACUGACGCAACGAAACUCCUAUUAUAAAGGAUAUGAGUGUUUACUAAUGGGAGAUGGAUCAAAGGAACUAUUUAGAAUACUGCCGUAGAUGGGGAUCUACAAGGAGUUUGGGUUUCGAUCCAUGAGGGAAUGUGUGCUUUCAGAACAGAGUCUGUAAUGUAACUCUGUUCUGGGGAAUAAAUACAGUGAUAUGUAGGUUUUUAUUUUUAGUAGCAGAACAAAUGCUGUCUACUCUGUCUACUGUCUAAUUUCUUGUCAGAUGUUAAUACUGAAAAAUAUGGUGUUAUAACUGAUUUUUUUUUACCAGCUGUCAUUUUCCAAAGUGUUUUCCAUUACGGAGAUGUUCCACAUUCUUGUCUAUUAAUAUCAUAAACGUGUUCUGAAGAAUGUCUCUACUAUUAUAUCAAAGAUUCUGAUUGUUUUUUUCCAGAAGGGUGAUGAAUUGUCUCUACAUCUACCUGACUGAGGCAAAUGCUUACCUCAUAGUUAUUUGGUUAGUCAUACAGCAAGUUGUCAGUCUGAUAGUGUUGUUGGCUGACGUAGUAUUAUUAGUCAGUAUUAACUGGCAUAGAUCAUAGUUUAGACAUAAUUUUUAACCAAAAUGGUUUAAUUCCCUGGUUCUUGGUGAAGAUAAUUUAAAUCAGUUUAAACUGGUUAAAAUCAGUUCAGCACCCAAGCUUACUGAUUUUUUUAUCUUCUCGGUGAUUAACAAAAACAUACGUGUUUUUGUCACAUGGACCAGUGUUCUGAAUGAGUAAAAUGAAAUCAUGCUCUCCAAUAUUUAAAAACUGCUUAUGGACAUAAUAACAGCACUCUGUUGUUUUUCUUUGUAGCUGAUUAACUAAGGGUUUCAUUUGCCAUAAAGUUUAUAAAUGUUUCUAUUGCUGAAUUAUGAAGUGUUUCACCAACGAUGGACAGUUUUGGCCCCAUGCUUACUCUGUCGACAUGGAACAUAAGACCGCUGAAAAAGCUUGGUCAUUGGACAGUUAUCUACAACAGUAAACCAGACAAUACUUUAAAUUGUUUUCAGAAGUCCUACCUAGUGUUCUGAAAAGCUCAGUGAGAUAGUUCCUUACCAGGUGUAUGAGUCAGUAUCAUUUUCAAUCCUGCCUUGCUAAUGGUUCAGUUCGCUUGGCACCUGAUCCUGACAGUAGAUGCAAAUGUGCUGUUUGGCUUUCUUCUGUUGCCAUCUUUCUUGAGCUGUUUUGCCUGUUAUACCCAUGAUUCAACCUGCUCCCCUUUUGGUUCUGUCACUUCUGGACUUUGCUACGGAGCGCGUGUCAUAGUUCUUAUAGCUGACAUCUAUGGCAGGUUUUCUCCAAGACAGAACUUUUAAGAUGCACUGAAAUCGUGAAUAUUGCUUUUCUCUAAGUAUGUGGGUAAAGUUGUAAGUUCCCAGUAGUCUGAGGAAAAGCAAGCAUGAGGAUGAUUAUGUCUCUGUUGUUACAAAAUGUCUCAGCAGCUAUGGAGAACCCAUUUAGACAAGUACAAAGUCAUCGGUGUCAUAGCAGAAGGACUGAAAGGCAUUCUUUGUGACUUUCAUGAAGGUGCAACAUGCCUGUGAACUGGAUUGUUUCUGGUACAGUUGUGUGUGUGUUUACCUGUAUAUUUGGGAGUGUGGACAUGCACAAGAAUCUGUGAUGACAGCAGGCACUGUGCAGAAAGCAGAUAAAAGCAAGAAUGGCCCAAAGGCCAGAGCACAUUGGGCACAUUAUGAGAUACAGAUCUGUAUUGAAUAUUGUGAACUUGAUGAUCUGACAAUUUCAGUAGUGUGCUUUCACUGUGUGAACGAUGCAUUUUCCCUCAUUUCUUUGACCUUUAUUUCACUCCGAAAGCUUUGAACACUCAGGUCACAUCCUUCAUUUUGUCUAUCUCAGUGCUCUGUGCACAGCACUUAACCCUUUGAGUGCUUCUUAUCAUCGAAUUUCCUCAGUAUGACACUGGAAGAAGUAUGAUUUUCACACACUGGAUACAAUUGUGAACACCAGCUUCCUAUGAAAUCCAUCUGUUAAUGAAAGACUGAGAGAUAUUUCAGGACCACCUUUAAUUAUUUGUCAAAUCAGUCUUUUUAUUCUCAGUAUCAUUUUGUCAUCUGGGCAGUUAAAUGAUAUUCAAAAAAGCCUAAACUGUCUCCAGCUUUUCUUUCUUUGAAAGAAAAACUUGGAUCAAAAGCCCCUGUAUAUUUUUCAGUGCUGAUCGGUCGAUUCCCAGAUUGCGUUCUUUCCUCCCAAAGCUUAGCCAGUCAACGAUGCAAACGUGGGGGAUGUGAGCCCUGCAAAAGCAGUCCCACUCUGCAGUGCUUCACUUUCAGAAUUGCUCUGCUUUUGUCACUUUAGGUCCUUUCAGUGUUGUUAACAUAAGAGUGUAUCUUUGUGGACCAUUCCACUUCAAGGCUUCACCUCCAAGCACUGACCAUGUAAAGCUAUUAAAUAUGGAGGGUCAGUCAAGGCGGGGGCUGUCUUUACAGUGCCAGAUGUAAACAAGCCAAGAACUCUGUUUCCCAGACCUGCUACCCAGCUCUUGUCAGCAAAGCUUGCUUCGCCUCAUUGGGAUUUAAAAGGAACCUGUGACUCAGCAAUGUGGAGUCGACAGGACUGGAUAUUCUGUUGCAGUGUGUUAAGUGGCAGUGGAUGUAUUGUUGUGUAUCCCAACUUAGAGGGCGUGGCAAGGGACAUGGCUCUGUGGCCUGUGGUUUUCAAAAAAAUUUACCUUAGCCAAAAGAAAAUCAUUUCGGCUGAAGGGGAGGGGUUUCUGUCGUGUGCCCCUCCCUCACCAACUGUGUUCCUUCACCAUGUCUGUGUAGGUGCGUCUUCUAUGGGAAAGCCUGUGACCACAACAAGUGUGUAUGUGAUUCUGUAGUCUGUAGUCUGGUGCUAUGUGACGAUGUUUGACAAAUGUGGAUUAAAAAAGAAAAACAUUACAAUGAAAAAAUAAUUCAUCUUUAAGUGAGAUUUUAAAAAAAUUAUAUGCGGCUAAUAAUCAUAAGUUUGGGGUCUGAAUUGAAGCAAAUACUUUUUUUCUUCUUUUUUUUGCUGCUGGUGACAAUGUUUGCGAGAAAGAUUCAGCUCCUUUUGUCCAAGAAGCUUUGUUUCAUGUCGCUCCAUUCUUUUGUACAGAAGAAACAAAAAAAGAUGAAAAAUUUGUAAAAUAUUGUGUCUGUGACUCCUUGUAAAAUAUUUUCAAAUUGUUUAUUACAGAGAAUCAGUUAUUAAAUAAUGUUCAUAUUUUUCACUUCA